AUGCACGAUGUUGUGCUUGUUGACGAAAAGUGGUUUUAUCUGACAAGAGUCAAGAAGCAAUUCUACGUGUACGACGACGAGGAAGUCGCAGCCCGGUCGGUGAAGUCAAAGCACUUUAUCACCAAGGUCAUGUUUCUUGCCGCUGUAGAACGGCCCCGCUACGACCACACAAGAAAUACCUUCUUUGACGGCAAGAUUGGCGUCUGGCCGUUCGUUGAAGUCGUUGCGGCCAAGCGAACAAGCAGGAACCGUCCCAAGGGCGUCCCCGUGACCAUGCCGUGA